CACCUCUAACACCCCUCCCUGCUUCCCUGCCACUCCCUCCCUGAGAGAGAGAGAGAAAGAAAAAGGAGAAAGAUUCUGGAAUUUGAACCUUCAAAAGAGGAAACAUACCCAGCAAACUCAGUUGAUUAAACAUCAAACAAACAGAUCCCAAAUCUUCUGUUCAACUGGAAAGGUGUUUCCUCUGGAGUCUCGGGUGGCAGGUUGUAGGCAAGACUGCCUCUGACCGGCACCAUGAAGCCUGAGCCUGCUUCCGCUCUGCCCUGGACACUGCUCUGCCUGAGCACUCAGCUCCUCAUCACCUCCCUCCCUGUGGCCCACUGCUGCUAGGAGGUAGACCUGCAGGACUGGUCCUUUGCCUGUUUCUACCUUUCACCUGGCUCACCUUACUGUUAGCUCUGCCUUCAUCACGGCACCCCCAGCCCCAGCCCUCUCCCCGGCCUUCCUGGCUGGGGUGUGUGGGGGUCUGUUGGGAGGAGUGCAUUGCUGAAAGCUUCCUCCCGCCUUUGUGCACUUUAUCCUCCUUGAAUCAAGGCCUCCGGAUCCACAUGGAUAGCUGAGAUCUUUUCUUGGAGAAGGACACAGUCCUCUUCACUCCAGUCCUCAAUUUCCCCACCUGAUUGCCCUCCUCUUCUGUUGCCGCUGCCUCCCUAUUGCAUCUCUUGCCCGUGGGCCCAUCUGAACCUGUCUUAUUUGCUUUCCUCCUUCCUCACCAUCUUGAUAUUUGUGUGUGUAUCUCCUUUCCCUUGUGUGCUCUCUGUGCCCCCACUUCUGUCCUGUCUUCUUCUGCCUAAGGGCUAUUCCCUGAUCUGCCUGUUUCUCUGGGCCCUGUCCCAGCAGCCACGAUGAGCUUCACUUUCCACUCGGUUUUCUUCACCCUGAAGGCGAGCGUCCUGCUGGGGUCUCUGCUGGGGCUCUGCUUGGGCCUUGAGUUCAUGGGCCUCCCUAACCAGUGGGCCCGCUACCUCCGUUGGGACGCCAGCACGCGCAGUGAGCUGAGUUUCCAGUUCAAGACCAAUGUCUCCACUGGGCUGCUGCUCUACCUGGAUGAUGGUGGCGUCUGUGACUUCCUCUGCCUCUCUCUGGUGGAUGGCCGAGUUCAGCUCCGCUUCAGCAUGGACUGCGCUGAGACUGCUGUGUUGUCCAACAAACAGGUGAACGACAGCAGCUGGCACUUCCUCAUGGUGAGACGUGAUCACCUGCGCACAGUGCUGGUUCUUGAUGGUGAGGGACAGUCCGGUGAGCUGCAGCCCCAGCGGCCCUACAUGGAUGUGGUCAGUGACUUGUUCCUUGGUGGAGUCCCUGCUGACAUUCGACCUUCUGCCCUGACCCUUGAUGGAGUACAGGCCAUGCCCGGUUUCAAGGGAUUAAUCCUGGAUCUCAAGUAUGGCAACUCGGAGCCUCGGCUUCUGGGGAGCCAGGGCAUCCAGGUGGAUGCUGAGGGACCCUGUGGUGAGCUUCCUUGUGAGAAUGGUGGGAUCUGCUUUCUCCUGGAUGGCCACCCCACCUGUGACUGUUCCACCACUGGCUAUAGUGGCAAGCUCUGCUCAGAAGAUGCCAGUCAAGGUCCAGGCCUCUCCCACCUCAUGAUGAGCGAACAAGCCCGAGAGGAGAAUGUGGCCACUUUCCGAGGCUCAGAGUACCUGUGCUACGACCUGUCUCAGAACCCCAUCCAGAGCAGCAGUGAUGAAAUCACCCUGUCCUUUAAGACCUGGCAGCGGAAUGGGCUCAUCCUGCACACGGGCAAGUCGGCUGACUAUGUCAACCUGGCUCUGAAGGAUGGUGCAGUCUCCUUGGUCAUUAACCUGGGUUCUGGGGCCUUUGAGGCCAUAGUGGAGCCUGUGAAUGGAAAAUUCAACGACAACGCCUGGCAUGAUGUCAAAGUGACCCGCAACCUCCGACAGGUGACAAUCUCUGUGGAUGGCAUUCUUACCACGACGGGAUACACUCAAGAGGACUACACCAUGCUGGGCUCAGAUGACUUCUUCUACGUGGGAGGAAGCCCAAGUACUGCUGACUUGCCAGGUUCACCCGUCAGCAACAACUUCAUGGGUUGCCUCAAAGAGGUUGUUUAUAAGAAUAAUGACAUCCGUCUGGAACUGUCUCGCCUGGCCCGGAUUGGGGACACCAAGAUGAAAAUCUAUGGUGAAGUUGUGUUCAAGUGUGAAAAUGUGGCCACACUAGACCCCAUCAACUUUGAGACCCCAGAAGCUUACAUCAGCUUGCCCAAGUGGAACACGAAACGUAUGGGCUCCAUUUCCUUUGACUUCCGUACCACUGAACCCAAUGGUCUGAUCCUUUUCACUCAUGGAAAGCCCCAAGAGAGGAAGGAUGCUCGGAGCCAAAAGAACACAAAGGUAGACUUCUUUGCUGUGGAACUUCUGGAUGGCAACCUGUAUUUGCUGCUUGAUAUGGGCUCAGGCACCAUCAAAGUGAAAGCCACUCAGAAGAAAGCCAAUGAUGGAGAAUGGUACCACGUGGAUAUUCAGAGAGAUGGCAGAUCAGGUACCAUAUCAGUGAACAGCAGGCGCACACCCUUCACAGCCAGUGGGGAGAGCGAAAUCCUGGACUUGGAGGGUGACAUGUACUUGGGCGGGCUGCCGGAGAACCGCGCUGGCCUCAUCCUCCCCACCGAGCUCUGGACCGCCAUGCUCAACUACGGCUACGUGGGCUGCAUCCGUGACCUGUUCAUUGACGGGCGUAGCAAGAACAUCCGACAGCUGGCGGAGAUGCAGAACGCUGCCGGCGUCAAGUCCUCCUGUUCGCGGAUGAGCGCCAAGCAGUGUGACAGCUACCCCUGCAAGAACAAUGCCGUGUGCAAGGACGGCUGGAACCGCUUCAUCUGUGACUGCACCGGCACCGGAUACUGGGGAAGAACCUGUGAGAGGGAGGCGUCCAUCCUGAGUUAUGAUGGCAGCAUGUACAUGAAGAUCAUCAUGCCCAUGGUCAUGCACACGGAAGCAGAGGAUGUGUCCUUCCGCUUUAUGUCCCAGCGAGCUUAUGGGCUGCUGGUGGCUACCACCUCCAGGGACUCAGCUGACACCCUGCGUCUGGAGCUGGAUGGGGGGCGUGUCAAGCUCAUGGUUAACUUAGACUGUAUCAGGAUAAACUGUAACUCCAGCAAAGGACCUGAGACCCUGUAUGCAGGGCAGAAGCUCAAUGACAACGAGUGGCACACCGUCCGGGUGGUGCGGAGAGGAAAAAGCCUUAAGUUAACUGUGGAUGAUGAUGUGGCCGAGGGUACAAUGGUGGGAGACCAUACUCGCCUGGAGUUCCACAAUAUUGAAACAGGAAUCAUGACUGAGAAACGGUACAUCUCCGUUGUCCCCUCCAGUUUCAUUGGCCACCUGCAGAGCCUCAUGUUUAAUGGCCUGCUCUACAUUGACUUGUGCAAAAAUGGUGACAUUGAUUACUGUGAGCUAAAGGCUCGUUUUGGACUGAGGAACAUCAUCGCUGACCCUGUCACCUUUAAGACCAAGAGCAGCUACCUGAGCCUCGCCACCCUUCAGGCUUACACCUCCAUGCACCUCUUCUUCCAGUUCAAGACCACCUCAGCUGAUGGCUUCAUUCUCUUCAACAGUGGCGAUGGCAAUGACUUCAUUGCUGUUGAGCUGGUCAAGGGGUAUAUACACUAUGUGUUUGAUCUUGGAAAUGGUCCCAAUGUGAUCAAAGGCAACAGUGACCGUCCCUUGAAUGAUAACCAGUGGCACAACGUCGUCAUUACUCGGGACAACAGUAAUACCCACAGCCUGAAAGUGGACACCAAAGUAGUCACUCAGGUGAUCAACGGUGCCAAAAAUCUGGAUUUGAAAGGUGACCUCUACAUGGCUGGCUUGGCCCAAGGAAUGUACAGUAACCUCCCAAAGCUUGUGGCCUCCCGAGAUGGCUUUCAGGGCUGUUUGGCAUCAGUGGACUUGAAUGGGCGUCUGCCAGACCUCAUCAAUGAUGCGCUCCAUAGGAGUGGACAGAUCGAGCGUGGCUGUGAAGGACCCAGUACCACCUGCCAGGAAGAUUCGUGUGCUAACCAAGGGGUCUGCAUGCAGCAGUGGGAAGGCUUCACCUGUGACUGUUCCAUGACCUCCUACUCUGGAAACCAGUGCAAUGAUCCUGGCGCUACAUACAUCUUUGGGAAAAGCGGUGGCCUCAUCCUGUACACUUGGCCGGCCAAUGACAGACCCAGCACACGCUCCGACCGCCUUGCCGUGGGCUUCAGCACCACCGUGAAGGAUGGCAUCUUGGUCCGCAUUGACAGUGCUCCAGGACUUGGCGACUUCCUCCAGCUUCACAUAGAACAGGGGAAAAUUGGAGUUGUCUUCAAUAUUGGCACUGUCGACAUCUCUAUCAAAGAAGAACGAACCCCCGUGAACGAUGGUAAAUACCAUGUGGUGCGAUUCACCAGGAAUGGUGGCAACGCCACGCUCCAGGUGGACAACUGGCCAGUGAAUGAGCAUUAUCCUACAGGCCGGCAGUUAACCAUCUUCAACACUCAGGCGCAAAUAGCCAUUGGUGGAAAGGACAAAGGACGCCUCUUCCAAGGCCAACUCUCUGGGCUCUAUUAUGAUGGUUUGAAAGUACUGAACAUGGCAGCUGAGAACAACCCCAAUAUUAAAAUCAAUGGAAGCGUCCGGCUGGUGGGAGAAGUGCCAUCAAUCUUGGGAACAACACAGACAACCUCCAUGCCACCAGAAAUGUCUACUACUGUCAUGGAAACUACCACUACAAUGGCUACUACCACAACUCGCAAGAAUCGCUCUACAUCUGUUCAGCCAACAUCAGAUGACCUUGUUUCAUCUGCUGAAUGUUCAAGUGAUGAUGAAGACUUCGUUGAAUGUGAGCCGAGUACAGGUAGGUCAGGAGGUGAAUUAGUUAUCCCUCUUCUUGUAGAAGACCCUUUAGCUACCCCUGCUAUUGCUACUCGUGCACCUUCCAUUACACUCGCCCCUACCUUUCGCCCCCUCCUCACCAUUAUUGAGACCACCAAAGAUUCCCUGUCCAUGACCUCUGAGGCGGGGUUACCUUGCUUGUCGGACCAAGGCAGCGAUGGUUGUGAUGAUGAUGGCUUGGUGAUAUCUGGGUAUGGCUCAGGGGAAACCUUUGACUCUAACCUGCCCCCUACUGAUGAUGAAGAUUUUUACACCACCUUCUCCUUGGUAACAGAUAAGAGUCUUUCCACUUCAAUCUUCGAAGGUGGCUACAAAGCACAUGCGCCCAAGUGGGAAUCCAAGGACUUUAGACCUAACAAAGUCUCGGAAACUAGUAGGACUACUACCACAUCUUUAUCCCCUGAGCUGAUCCGCUUCACAGCUUCCUCCUCGUCUGGGAUGGUGCCCAAAUUGCCAGCUGGCAAAAUGAAUAACCGUGAUCUCAAACCCCAGCCUGAUAUAGUCUUGCUUCCGUUGCCCACUGCCUAUGAGCUAGACAGCACCAAACUGAAGAGCCCACUAAUUACUUCCCCCAUGUUCCGUAAUGUGCCCACAGCAAACCCCACGGAGCCAGGAAUCAGACGGGUUCCGGGGGCCUCAGAGGUGAUCCGGGAGUCGAGCAGUACGACAGGGAUGGUCGUCGGCAUUGUGGCUGCUGCUGCCCUCUGCAUACUGAUCCUCCUGUACGCCAUGUACAAGUACAGGAACAGGGACGAGGGGUCCUAUCAAGUGGACGAGACGCGGAACUACAUCAGCAACUCGGCCCAGAGCAACGGCACGCUCAUGAAGGAGAAGCAGCAGAGCUCGAAGAGCGGCCACAAGAAACAGAAAAACAAGGACAAAGAGUACUACGUGUAAACGUGGUCACACGGAUGACACAGGAGUUCGAGACACAGAGUUCUUUCUACAUAAAUCUCUAGAUACUUUGGCAAGGAGAUUUAACAGACGUCAGAACUGUUACACCUAGGAGAUGGGGAUUCCAUGACUAGGGUGGGGAAAACCAUUUUUAAACGGACACACACAAAGAUGUAUCUAUCCCUACAGUUCAGCCAUGGCUGCCGUGUUUCAGUCAUCGCUCGGAGACAGAAAGUUCUUUCUGCCCUGCUGUAUCAUAAAGCACACACUUUGCGCUCUGGAGCAACCCCCAUGGCUCCACCACUUUUCGCAAACUGGAAGCUUCCUUCUCUUGAGGACCUUUUACUAAAGGUAGAAGACUUCAUGGCUUACUUGUUCCAUAACUCCAAGUGAGUCUGUAAUGAUGUUUGUGAAGCUUGACUGUAACCAUGUUUUUUUUUUCAGUUUAAUUAUGUAAAAAAAAAAGCAAACAAACAAAAAAAAUACAAACACAAAAAAGAGAAAAAAAGUUUAAAAACAAAAACAAACAAAAAAAAAACAAUCCUUAUCUGGUUCAGGCCAGUGUGCGUGUAAUUUUUCAAGAUCUGAGGGGAAAAAAUGGCUUUUGGGUUUAUGUUUAUUUUUUUGAGAAUGACUGGACCUAAGUUAAGAAGAAGAGAAAAAAAAAAAAAAAACUCAGAAAACAAAAGUAAGAGAGACUAUUUGCCAUAUGAACUCAAAAGCUACCAUGGUGUUCACUCUACAUAUCAGGUCGUGGUGUCUCUAGAAUCUGUUGUUUGUUUCCUAUAAGAUGCUUUGCUGAACACAUAGCAAAACCCAUGUGAUGGAUGAUAAUAUUGCUUUGAAAAACUGGUUCCCCAGGAUCUAAUUCCAGAAUUUACCACCCAAACCCCAAACAGAGGGUUUAAGGCGGGUUUCCUCAGAGCUAUUGGCUUUACUUAACAAUUUUGUACCUGUCUAACAACCCAGCCAAAUUGUGUUAAAGGGGAAUGAAAGCCCCAUAAACUAAAACAGCCUUUCCUAGAGAAGGGAAAGGGAGGGGGUGGGCUGGAUCUGUAACUGAUUGAGAUGCAUGCAAAUAAAAAAGAAAAGACAAUACUUAAAUCCGCGAAGGAAUCAAAAUAGACAAUGGGGAGUUUAACCUGUGAUGGAACACACAAGCCAAACGUCAUGACAGAGUGCAAAAUACAUAGUUCUUUCCCCGCCCCAACAUGGUAAUGAUUUUCAUAGUGGUUUAAUUUCGCAGUCUGACAACUUACGAAUAACUCUGUCCUUCCAUUUGCUCACUUUUUCCUUCACCCAUCUUUUUAAAAAAAAUAAAUAAAUAAAUGAAUAAAGCUGCUGUGACAAACA